AUCUUUUUCUCUUCUUAUAAACUCUCUCCUCUUCCCCCUUAUACUUUUCUUUCUCUAAAUCUAAUUUCUCUCCACACAAAUCUAAAAUAAACCUUCGGUUAACCCAAAAUCUACUACAAGAUUUUCACUGACCAAUUUUCAGGAUUACAAUUUCUGGACUAAGGGAUAUAUUAUUUAUCUUCCUACUGUUAAAAUAGUGAAAUUUACAGCUGCCAUAAAUUUGAAGAAACAAGCUUGAAGCUCUAAGGUGAAUUUUUCUUGAUAAGAGAAGUGGAUGGACCGUCCUCGGAUUGGGAUCCAAAAUAUGUUGAAUUACAGUAUUUUGAUCCUUGAUUGGUAGCGGGCAGUUGAUGGCUUUACCAGCCGAGCAUUUUUAUCAUAUCACUAAAAUUCUUGGAUUGUCACACAGUUAUAUAUGGCUGCUGCUGUUGCUGCAAGCGAAAGGUGGAUUGAUGGUCUUCAUUUCUCCUCAUUGUUUUGGCCUCCUCCGCAAGAUGCACAACAGCGGAAGGCUCAAACUACUGCGUAUGUUAAGUACUUUGGUCAGUCUACAUCAGAACAAUUUCCUGAAGAUAUAGCUGAGCUCAUACGGAACCGGUAUCCAUCAAAGGAAAACCGACUUUUUGAUGAUGUUUUAGCGACUUUUGUUCUUCAUCACCCAGAGCAUGGGCAUGCUGUAAUUCAUCCAAUUAUUUCAUGCAUCAUUGAUGGUACACUGGAGUAUGAUAAAAGUAGUCCACCUUUUGCUUCUUUUAUAUCGUUGGUUUGCCCAAGCAGUGAGAAUGGAUAUUCUGAACAAUGGGCUCUUGCCUGUGGAGAGAUUUUACGAAUCCUAACACACUACAACCGCCCGAUUUUCAAAGUUGAUCGUCAGGAGAAUCGAGCAGAUAGAAGCACCAGUGGAAGCCAUGCUUCAACUAGUAAAUCUGCCGACAGUGAAUCUGGAGUGCCUUCUAUACAACAUGAGAGAAAACCCCUGAGACCAUUGUCUCCAUGGAUCACUGAUAUAUUGCUUGCUGCACCACUAGGGAUUAGAAGUGAUUACUUCCGUUGGUGUGGUGGUGUAAUGGGAAAGUAUGCUGCUGGAGAACUCAAGCCCCCAUCAAGUGGUGUGUGGACUUUCUUUUCGUGAAAUGUUUGAGCCUGUUUUAUGGUUUU